AUGCCAACUAAUCGUCGAAGGAAAUCAAGCUCAAAGUUCGUUGAUGUUAAUGAAGAAUCCCUUAUUACCAAGCAAGUGCCUUUUGAUGUCCUUAAGUGUCAUGGUUCAGACUCGAAUAGGGUUGAUUAUCAUAGUAGUGACUCUAGUCUUAAUUCGAUGACAGAUGACGUAAAAAACCUUAGUUUAAAGGAGAAACAAAGGCUUGAAUUACUAGGAAAGGGCAUGUUGCCUAUAGCGCCGGUUGUUGGCCCAGAACUACCAAAGGUUGAAUUGAGUUAUUUCGAUGGAGAGCCGAAAGGAUACUGGAAGUUUAUAAGACAAUUUGAGACGUAUAUAGCAUCAAGAGUCACCGAUGAUAGUCAACGUUUGCUCUAUCUCAUGCACUAUUGUAAGGGCAAGGCGAAGACAGCUAUUGAGGGUUGUGUCAUGAUGGAAGCAUCCUCUGGUUAUAAAAGAGCAAGGGAAAUUCUAAAGCGUUUGUUCGGACGGUCUCACGUAAUCGCUUGA